UCCAGUCAUUGAUUCAAAACUGUGACAAGUCUCUGCAGGAAACACUAUUGCCCCGCCUCUCUCUCGCUGGCAUUUUUUUGUCUCUUUCUUUCUCUGUCACUGACAAAUAUUCGGCUCUGACAGGAACAGAUGCAAAGAGGAAGGGAAGGAGGAAGCUCACCACAUGGGAAGUUCUUGUGGAACAGUUUGGGAAGACAACAAUCGUGAGCAGAAGGAAUUGUGUUGGCAGCAGCCUCAACAGCUGAAUGAUGUUGUUGGUUGUUUUGCCAGGUUUCACUACUUGACUUUCCUGUCUGUUUGAUGUCCUUAGAAACAAACGGUGCGGCUUCAUUGCGCCUCUCGUUUCGUUGCUACUCAGACAAACACUGGCACUGGACAGCGAAAAAUCUUAACUUGAUGCAAAUCGAACAAACAUACAAACAAACAGAAGACCAUCUGUAUGUAUAUGUAUUAUAUAUAUGAUAAAUUUUUCUCUCGUAUUUAUAAUAUGGCUCCCACAACAACAACAACAACAGCUGCCGCAACAGAACCAUCAUCAGCUUCAACCACAACCGAACUAGAAAAUAAAACAAAACAGAAAACUGUGAACCCUUUUAAAAACUGCUGUCGAUUAUUUCAUUGGGGACCAUGUUUAGCCCUGACGAUAAUAUUUCUGAUUUCAUUCAUGUCUCUAACCUGUACGUUGAUCUGGUGGCCGAUAAGUACAGCUGGUGGACUUCUUAAUUUAUCAAUAUUUAUAAUUUGGGACAUCUUAACACUCUAUAAUUAUUUUAUGGCUGUUAUAAACGGUCCCGGAUAUGUCCCUCAUGGAUGGAAACCUAAAGUUGCUGGUGAGGAGAAAUUUUUACAAUAUUGUGUAGAAUGUAAGGGUCACAAAGCACCUCGAUCUCACCAUUGCCGGAAGUGUAAAAGGUGUGUAAUGAAAAUGGAUCAUCAUUGUCCCUGGAUUAACACCUGCUGUGGCUACCUCAAUCAUGCCAACUUUAUCUAUUUUCUUUUCUUCGCUCCAUGUGGUUGCAUUCAUGGUGCUUUUAUAUUGAUUGGUUCCCUCAUUCAACUGCUCAAUAAUCCAUAUUACCUUUAUCACAUGAAUGGUGAACCAAUGGUACAGCUGAGCAUUCUUGGGUUCAUUAUUGUUGUUUUUUCAAUUGGACUUGCUGUUGGAGUUAUUGUUGCUGUCGGAAUGUUGUUUUGUAUUCAGUUUCAUGAAGUUCUGAAGAAUGAAACUGCCAUUGAGUCUUGGAUUAUUGAAAAGGCAAAAUCUCGUGAAAGGGAUCCGUCUGAAUCCGAAUUCAUCUACCCAUAUAAUUUAGGAUGGAAAAACAAUCUGAAACUUGUUUUCUGGUCGACUGAUGAAAUCAAGUCGAAUGGCAUCACUUGGCCUGUCAUCGAUUCCUGCAAUCAAUACACGUUAACGGUGGAGCAACUCAUUCAAAAGGCUCAAAAGAAAGAACGUGUUGUUCUGCUGGACAUUGUCCAAAAUUACUCUGGUUAUUGGUUCCCAUUCAGCAAAGGAUGCCGUGUGGUUUACAAUAUUCCUUGUAGUGACGAAGCCAGAAUUCCUCUUAGUGUUGGAGAUGUCGUUGAAGUUAGUCGUGGCAGAAGAUAUUGGUUAUAUGGAACAAAAGUCAACAAAGAGGAUACAGAUCAGCCUCGGGUGAGAGGAUGGUUCCCUCGAUGUUGUGCUCGUGAACGUAACACAAAGGAAAUGUCACAAGACAUCAAGUCAGAAAUUGAAGAUGAAAAUGAAAAAAAAAAAAACUAAACUUAGUUCCAUUGUCUCCAUCUAGAAGAAAAUGCAAUGUGAUGCCACAUCACAAUCCUGUUUUAAUGAAAAAUCUAAGGAUGGUUUUUUCUUUUUUCAAAAUGUUUUGUCUUCAGUGGUAUUUUCUAAAGGAGUCAUUUACAGGACUGACACAGACAAAAAGCUGAAAUGAAUAUUUGGUAUUUUUCUUAUUCAAACAUACAAUUACAAUAUGAAUGUACAAUAUUCAUUGAAUAUUAACACAUUAUUUAAAUAAGAUACUUGAUAUUCAUUCACAAUAGAUAUUUGGUGUUAUUACACCAGCAGGCGACCACAAAUGUCCGAAGUGGAAGUUAAACUGCUUCUUACAGAGUAAUCCAAUCUCAAAAGAGGGUUGAAGAUUACACUCUGCAUUUUUUUUUUUGCAUAUUUCUGCUGACAAUUCUGCUGAUAAUUUUUUAUUUUUUUAUUUUUUUGGAUAUUUUUUGGGCUAUCAGCCGAAUCCUGUUUUUUGAUCUCUAACAUUUGUUAGAAUUAUGAAAAGAAAAAAAAAAUUCUGAACAUUUAUAGUUGAGAAACACGCACGCGUGCGCAUGAGCGCACACACAGACACAGACACAGACACACACAGAGUUCAACCAAAGAGAAUUGUUUUGGCUUCCCUUACAGACGAACGAUUAAUGUGAUCAAUUAAUAAUCGGGCAGAGCAUGGUCUCCUGACAUGUCAGUUGAUGUAAUCAGUGGAUAUUAAUUGCUCAUCAAAUUGUUAUUGUUAUUCUACCACAGGCAGGAAUUAUCUUUGCUAACUCUGCUACUGGUCUGCGAGUCAUUGAGUGGUUCUCAUUUCUCCAUUUAGCCGAAGUGUCUAUCAUCAUUUUCGUCCCCCCCCUCUCUCUCUCUCUCUUUCUUUCUCUCUCUCUCUCUCUCUCUCUCUCUCUCUCUCUCUCUGUUGUUGAUUUUUUGUUUUUCAUGCUUCUUCAUCAAUGGUUUAACUGAAGGCAGACUUUCCCUAUGGUUUACCGUUGUAGACUAUAUUACAGAAACUUGUUGAAUCCUUUGAGGGUUGGGUGGAAUUGACUGUUGAGAGUUAUGGCAGUGGCAGCAUUACAGAUCUUAAACAUGGUGAGCUGGCAGAAUCCUUCACUUGUCACACAAAAUACUUUGUGGUAUUUCUUCUGGCGUUGUGUUCUGAGUUCAAAUUCUGUCAAGGCUGGUUUUGUCUUUCAUCCUUUUGGGGGUCAUUAAAAUAAGUACCAGUUGUAUAUUAGGGGUGAUGUAAUUGGCUAGCCCCCUCCCCUCAAAUUCAGGCUUUGUGCCUGUAGUAGAAAGAAAUAUUAUAGGUGUUAAUGUUUGGUCUACGAUGCUCAAUUCAGUCAGAAAAGGUUCCUGCAAUACUCCAGCAUCUGAUCCAAGAAGGAAUUGAUGUUUCAUUCACUUAGUGUUUGCCAAUUCUAUGGAUUCUUGUGGUCCGUAAAGGAUUAGCCGAACUCUCAUCCAUCUUUAAACAUGGAUUAUUAAUGGCUUUCUGUUAUAUCCUUUAGUCAUAAACAGCUGUCAUAUGUUUGUGGAACCGAAAGAGCUGAAUGGUUAUGGACUGUCAAGAGGAUAUAGAAUUCUGAUCUGCUGCAGAUGUUUUCUGGAGUAUUUCAACCAUACACUUAAUUCUGCACGCCUCACUUCACCGAGCUGUCACCUACAUAGGUACCAAUCUGAUUUCAUUAUCUCAGAAUGCAAAAGACCUGUAUCUUAUCCUGAGGUAAAUUUAUCUCUCAUCAGCUUAAUACCACACAGCUAAGCCACAAUGGAAGCCACUUUUAAAGGCUCUGUGGUCUACAAGGGUUUUUAACAUUUUACAAACAUUUUAGUCUUUUCUGGGAACGUCCCUGCUCCUAUGGCUAUUCCAUGACUAUAAAUCACUUGUGAACUCACAGUGCUGGAGUGGUUUUUACUGUUCCAAGAAGCAGGAACAGAAUCUUCUGGAGUUAUUGCUCUGAUGCUGUUAAAUCUUCAAAAAAUUUCUUCUUCUCACAAAUAUUUCCAGAAGAAAAUUGAAAAACAAUAAAAGAAAAAAGAAAACAAAGCAAAUUCUGAAAUGGAACAUAAUUAUGAUAAAUCCAAUUUUUACUGUUGAAGAAUUUUAGACUUUUCGAAUUUAGAGUCUAAGUUUUUAUAUAUUUGAAGAAUCUGUAAUAACAAUUGUUGAACUUUGUAAAGAAUUUACUGGUUCUGAUCUCUGUGAUAGUUUUUCAUAAAAUAAUGUUUCCUUUAAAAAUUAUUAAAAUUAUCAUUAUCAUCAUCA